GUGCAAGUUAUAAGGAUUGCUCCCCCCACACGUGCACCUUGACUCUCCUGCCAACAGCGCUCCGGUGAAGACAUGGCAGCUGUUACCCCACAGAAAAGGAGCCGUAGUUCUACUGAUACGGAUGAUUCAUCCUUAGCCUUUGAGACUCCUGUGAAAAAAAUGAUGACAGGCUUUGCUGAAGGUCUGUCUCCGCUCAAGAAAUCGAGAAAUAAUCGGUUUGCUUCUCAAAUAAAAUGGUCAUCUAGCUCCAGCGAUGAGAUGAAAGAAAAUGAGGCUGUCCCGGUGAAGCCGGCGCUGUCGAGGAGGCUGGAUAUUUCACCCCUUCAGGCGGCCAGUGUUGCCACAGCCACGCAGAGCGAGUCCUCGAGGAAAUUAUCCCCAAAGCCCGCUUCCUCGUACAAGCCCCUUGUGCCUGCGGUGUCUUUUUAUAGCAAGGAAAAGCGAUACCUUACUCCUCUUGAGAGGAAACAACUGAAUGAGAACCGCUUCUUGGGUGAGAGGAACAGGGAUGAAAAUCUCCCAGCUGCCAGCAGGACUGAGAAGACGAACGUGAACUUGAGCAGGAAUACAAGCUCAAAGCCAACCAAGCACGCAACCAGCUCCAAGCAUGGCAAAACUGUCCCCAAAACGCUUAAGAAGGCAAAGGGAGAGAUACCAGCCAGAAAACCCAGCGUGGAGAAAGAGAAUGUGAAUUGCCUAAUUAAAAAGAAGAUGGAUUCACCUUUCAGAGUCCUAAGCAUGACAGUUAAACCAGCCCUGAAACUCCAGUUGGGAGCAGCGUUCUUUUCUGCCAGGAAGAAAUCGCACUCUAAAAAACCAGUUGUAGACACUAAGUCUCUCCAGGGUCUCCCCAAACCUCUGCAAGAAAAUGAUCAGCCCGGACCACCGACAACUACAAAGUCUAAUUCGGCUGAUAGAAAAAAAAUUCUUAAGGCGGGUGGUGUACUGAGAAGUAUUUCUGUGCCUCAGGAGGAGGCAAACAAAAACGGGGAGGACUUUACAAGCUGUGUAAAUGGAGAGAGAGAUUCGGCACGUGAAGGAAAAACAUCUCCGCAGAAAAGCGGAAGCACCUCUGGUCCGUUUUGUACUUCCCGGUCUGCAGCCGCAGGAGACGGCGAUGCAGAGAACGUGGAUGUUGAUGAAAUCAGUUCUUCUACAACCUGUGAGUCAGAUGAUUGCAUUAUUCCGUCAAGCCAAUCUCCGCGUAAGGUGAAUAAGCGAGCCUCUCCUUCAAAUGCUGUUGUCUACCCCAUAUUCAGUGCACCCCCAACCAGCAAGAAAAGGACGCAGGCUACGCUGGAUGAACUGACUUCUCUGUUUGGGUCCAGCCCGCCUGCAAAAACAUCUCACACCUCGCAGAAAAGCAAGAAGGCGAAAGAACUCUGCAAGCGCUCCAGCGAUCAGAUGAUCAUUGAUGCCGGUCAGAAGCAUUUUGGUGCCAUAGUUUGCAAGUCGUGCGGCAUGAUCUACACGGCCGCUAGCCCGGAGGAUGAAGCCCAGCACAUCCAGCACCACGAGCGAUUCCUCGAGGGACUCAGAUAUGUGGGUUGGAAGAAAGAACGGGUUGUGGCAGAGUUCUGGGAUGGGAAAAUUGUAUUGAUUCUUCCAAAUGACCCAAAAUAUGCCGUCAAGAAGGCAGAAGAUGUGCGAGAAAUUGUAGAUAACGAGUUGGGAUUUAAGCAAGUUUCUUUGAGCUGCCCAGCCAAGACUAAAAUAUACUUGUUUGUGUCUAAUGAGAAGAUGAUUGUUGGGUGCUUAGUGGCUGAAUCGAUCAAGCAGGCUUUCCGGGUGCUGUCGGAGCCGGGAGCCGUGCCGUCCCCCGGCCAGGACAUCCUGCAGCAUCACCGGGCUUGGCGCUGCUCCACGAAGCCGGAGCCAGCAGUCUGCGGUGUCAGCAGGAUCUGGGUGUUCGGCCUGAGGCGCAGGAAGGGCAUCGCCCGUCGCAUGGUGGACGUGGUCAGGAGCACGUUCAUGUACGGCUGCUACCUGAGCACUGACGAAAUCGCCUUCUCUGACCCGACGCCGGACGGCAAGCUGUUUGCGACGAAAUACUGCCAAACCCCUAACUUCCUUGUUUACAAUUUUGUUUAUAACAACUGAAUCGACUCGAUUAUUGCAAGUUGAGGUUUGCUGAAAUCAUCUAAGAUAAUUUUGUCAGUUUUAAAAUAACACUUAAGCGUUGUUACUUGGCUAAAAGCCGUUUUCCUGCUGAGCGCUCGAUCUUCCUCCCCUUGCGAGCAAGCUGGGGGAAGAGUGUGUCACUUUGUGUACAGAGCUGUGUUAUAUUGUAGUGUAUGCUGUGGAACCUUGCUUGGAUUUCAGGUAGGUUUGUUUCUUCUGAAACUAAAUUUUAUUGCAAGUAACUUAAUUUCUUUAAAAGGUUGAAUUAAUAUAAAGAUGGCUGUUUUCUCCCUGAUGCGUGGGUAUGUAAUUCUGAGCUCGCUGCAGUCUGUGCGCUGUAAAGGGCUUGUCUGGGGUAGAAGUUGCUAAAUUUAUGCACAGAGGAGUAGGAGAUGUCUUAAAAUGACUGACUCGUGGCAGGAUUUCCCCCACCGUGUAAGACCUGGAACCUUCACUGUGUUGUGCUGCAGGGGAAGCUGUCACGGGGGCCGCCUGCUCAAUAAAAUGUGUGAAAUGCU